GGUGGACUGAAAAACAGCAAGCAUGAAUGUACACUGUCCUCGCAAGAAUAUAUUCAUGAAUUGCGAUCUGGAAUUUCAGAUGAAAAGCUUCUUAAUUGUCUAGAGUCUUUGAGAGUGUCUCUAACUAGCAAUCCAGUCAGCUGGGUUAACAAUUUUGGACAUGAAGGUCUUGGAGUUAUGUUGGAUGUAUUGGAAAAGCUUCUGGACAAGAAACAGCAAGAAGGUAUUGAUAAGAAGAAUCAACAUAAACUUAUCCAGUGCCUCAAAGCAUUCAUGAACAAUAAAUACGGAUUGCAAAGGAUUCUAGGAGAUGAAAGAAGUCUCUUGCUGUUAUCAAGAGCAAUUGAUCCAAAGCAACCACACAUGAUGACUGAAACAGUGAAAAUACUUUCUGCUCUCUGUAUUGUUGGAGAGGACAAUAUUCUGGACAAGCUUUUAGGUGCUAUAACAACUGCUGCUGAAAGGCACAACAUAGAACGUUUUUCUCAGAUUGUUGAAGGGCUGGAAAACCAUGAAUUCUUACAACUGCAGGUAGCAUGUAUGCAGCUCAUCAAUGCCCUUGUUACAUCUCCAGAUGAACUUGAUUUCAGGAUACACCUGAGAAAUGAGUUUUUGCGUUGUGGCCUGAAGAAAAUAUUGCCUGUAAAUAAGGACAAUGAAGAGCUUGAUAUUCAGCUGAAAGUGUUUGAUGAGAACAAAGAAGAAGACUUAAUUGAACUGUCACAUCGUCUCAAUGAUAUCAGAGCUGAAAUGGAUGAUGUGAACGAAGUAUUUCAUCUGCUGUAUAAUAUGUUGAAAGAUACUUCUUCUGAAAAUUACUUCUUGUCAAUUCUCCAACACUUCCUUCUCAUCAGGAGUGAUUACUAUAUCCGACCUCAGUAUUACAAGAUAAUAGAAGAAUGCGUAUCACAAAUAGUAUUGCACUGCAGUGGCACAGACCCAGAUUUUAAAUAUAGAGGAAGAAUGGACGUGGAUUUUACUCAUCUUGUUGAUGCAUGUGUGGACAAAGCUAAAGUAGAAGAGAGUGAAAAGAAAGCAGCAGAAUUUUCCAGAAAAUUUGAUGAAGAGUUCACAGCUCGGCAAGAGGCACAAGCAGAGCUUCAGAAACGAGAAGAGAAAAUCAAAGAACUUGAAACAGAAAUCAAACAGUUACGAACGCAG